AUGGUCAACUCACAAGAGGACGAUGUGGUUCAUGUCGAAACGCUUAUCAUAGGUGCUGGACCGACCGGUUUGGGAGCUGCUAUUCGUCUUGACAAUCUCAAGCGAGACUUCCUCGUUGUAGAAGCUGCGGAAGCCGCAGGCGGGUUGGCUAGUACAGACGUGACCGACGAAGGUUUUUUAUUUGAUGUCGGAGGACAUGUCAUUUUUUCCCAUUACGCCUUUUUCGACGAAAUUCUAAAUAAAGCCUUACCAGGGAAGGAUGAUUGGUUCUCACAUCAGCGAGUUUCGUACGAUCGUUCGUUCGGUCAUUGGGUACCGUAUCCUUAUCAGAAUAACGUCUCAAAACUCCCAUUGGAUAUGCAGUUAUCAUGUAUUGAUGGGUUGAUUGUCGCUUCAGAGAUUCGCGCAGCUACACCGACUAUCAGACCGAAAACUUUCGACGAAUGGAUAAUUAGGAACAUGGGAGAAGGGAUUGCCAAUUGUUUCAUGAGACCGUAUAAUUACAAAGUAUGGGGUGUUCCAACGUACCAGAUGCAAUGUGAAUGGUUAGGAGAACGUGUAGCAGCUCCAUCAUUACGUCUUGUCGUUCGGAACGCUCUUACCAAAGAAGUGGCAGGAAAUUGGGGACCUAAUGCUUUGUUCAAAUUCCCAGCACGAGGAGGAACAGGGGGGAUUUGGAAAGCCGUAACUGCUCUUCUACCAAUUGAAAAAUUCAGAAUGUCUAAAUCUGGGACAGUGACAAGUGUGAAUGUAUCGGAAAAAUCGGUCUCAUUGGGGGAUGGAAGAAAAGUUAAAUAUCAAAAUUUGAUCAAUACAAUGCCUAUAACCGAACUUUUGGGUCGUUUGAAAGGUUUGGAAAGUUUAAGACUUCAACAAUUAAAGGAAGCCUCUAAAGGAUUGAUAUGGAGUAAUACCAUAAUUUUGGGUAUCGGGAUCAGAGGUGAAAGACCAGAAAGGAUAGGAGAUAAAUGUUGGCUUUACUUUCCUGAAGAUUCAGCACCUUUUUAUAGAGCUACAAUAUUUUCUAAUUAUUCACCAUAUAAUACCCCUCCAACAUCCAAAUCACUUCCUACGAUCCAACUUGCCAAUCCAAAUUUACCGUUCGACAACACUCCUAAGACAGGUCCAUAUUGGUCACUCAUGUUUGAAGUUUGUCAAUCGGAACAAAAGCCCGUCAACCUGGAUACGUUGUUGAAAGAAACGAUAAAAGGAGCUAUCGCUACGGAAUUAUUGAAAGAGACAGAUGAGAUAGUUAGCACUUAUGAGAGAAGGUUCGAUUAUGGCUAUCCCACACCGACAUUAGGAAGAAACGCAGCUCUUCAGGAGAUACUACCCGUUUUGAAAGAGGACUAUGAUAUUUGGUCAAGGGGUAGAUUUGGGAGUUGGAAAUACGAAUGUGGGAAUCAAGAUCAUUCUUUCAUGCUUGGAGUCGAAGCGGUUGAUAACGCCCUUUUUGGCGUACGUGAGAUGACGCUGGAUGAUACGGAUUGGGUGAACAGCCGACGGAAUCCGUAG